AAAAAAAAUAUUUAAGAAAAUAAUAAUUAUAAGGUUUAUUGCCGAGGUAAAAUGGGGAAACUGAGGCGAGUAUAAGAAAAUGAGAAGCUAAUUUAUUCAUCUCCCAGGUAAGGUUCUGUGGUCCAGGAAGAGGCCAAAGAAGUCACGACCGGCUGUUUAGGGCUGGGGUUUUAUGGGGAGGGAAGGCAAUUGAUUGGCUAUUGGGGAAACAAAGGGAAGGCAAUUUUAUUGGCUGUUGAGAGGCAGGAAGUGUCUGGAGCUAACUGUCAUUGGUAGGUGGGCGAGACUUUGGGUAAGUGGGCCUUGACUGGCUAUAGGGGAAACAAAGUGUAGGCAAUUUCAUUGGCUGUUGAGAGGCAGGAAGUGCCUGGAGCUAGCUGUCAUUGGUAGGCAGAGGGACCUUGGGUAAGUGGGCCUUCCGGGGCGUAAGGGGCAGACCGCUACCGGGCAGGGUUUGCUGGGGGCUUCUUUUAAAAAAUUCUUUUAUAGGUUUUUCAACAGCGGGCUGAGGGUUGGAUGCAGUUUAUUUAUUUAUUUUUUAUUUUUGGAUGCAUAGUUUAAUGCUGAGUGUGGCCUUGGGUAUGAUAUGCAGAGGCAAGUGCGGGGAAGCCAUGUGGUGAGGCCAGAUAAGGAGCUUGAGUGAUGACAUAGUUAUCAGGCGCGGAGAGUCAUGAAUGUGUCCGUUUGACUCCCGUACUUUGACCAAGUGGAGUAUUGUAUAUACAAACUGCAAUUCCCGAUGAACACAGCUACCAGUAUUCCACUUGCUGCCCAUAUCUAAUUUGGACUCAUAUCAAGAUGCUUUGAAGAAUAACAACCCUUUAGGAUAGCCGCUGCAACAUCAUGACCAAAGACAGCGAACCUAUUGUGAAAAGCUCCCGUUUUGUUUGCCUUACGAUAAUAAUAGUUGGAACCAUCAUCCAGUUCUCCGACGAAAGUGAAUUUGCAGUAGACAAGUCAAAAAGAGGCCUUAUUCAUGUUCCAAACGACCUACCGUUGAACACCAAAGUCUUAGAUAUGUCUCAGAACUACAUAACCGAGCUUCGGGUUUCUGAUGUGAGCUUUCUGUCAGAGUUGAAAGUUUUGAGACUUUCCCAUAACAGAAUCCAGCUACUUGAUUUGAGUGUCUUCAAGUUCAAUCAGGAUUUGGAAUACUUGGAUUUAUCUCAUAAUCAGUUGCAAAAGAUCUCUUGCUAUCCUAUUGUGAGUUUCAGGCAUUUAGAUCUCUCAUUCAAUGACUUCAAGGCCCUGCCCAUCUGUAAGGAAUUUGGCAACUUGUCGCAACUGAAUUUCUUGGGAUUGAGUGCUAUGAGGUUACAAAGAUUAGAUUUGCUUCCAGUUGCUCACUUGCAUCUAAGUUAUAUCCUUCUGGAUUUAAGAAAUUAUUAUGUGAAAGAAAAUGAGACAGAAAGUCUACAAAUUCUGAAUGCAAAAACACUUCACCUUGUUUUUCACCCAAAUAGUUUAUUCUCUAUCCAAGUGAGUAUAUCAGUUAAUACUCUAGGGUGCUUACAACUGACUAAUAUUAAAUUGAAUGAUGACAACUGUCAAGUUUUCAUUCAUUUUUUAUCAGAACUCACCAGAGGUCCGACCUUACUGAAUUUUACCCUCACCCACAUGGAAACAACUUGGAAAUGCCUGGUUAGAGUCUUUCAAUACCUUUGGCCCAAACCUGUGGAAUAUCUCAAUAUUUACAAUUUAACAAUAAUUGAAAGCAUUCGCAAAGAAUAUUUUACUUAUUCUAAAACGACGUUGAAAGCAUUGAAAAUAGAACAUAUCACAAACCAAGUUUUUCUUUAUUCACAGACAGCAUUGUAUACAGUAUUUUCCGAGAUGAACAUUAUGAUGUUAACCAUUUCGGAUACACCAUUUAUACACAUGCUGUGUCCUCAUGCACCAAGCACAUUCAAGUUUUUGAACUUUACCCAGAAUGUUUUCACAGAUAGUAUUUUUGAAAAAUGUUCCACGUUAAUUAAAUUGGAGACACUUAUUUUACGAAAGAAUGGAUUAAAAGACCUUUUCAAAGUAGGUCUCAUGACUAAGGAUAUGCCAUCUUUGGAAAUGUUGGAUGUUAGCUGGAAUUCUCUGGAAUCUGGUAGACAUGAGGAAAACUGCACUUGGGGUGAGAGUAUAGUGGUGUUAAAUUUGUCUUCAAAUAUACUUACUGACUCCGUUUUCAGAUGUUUACCUCCCAGGAUCAAGGUACUUGAUCUUCACAGCAAUAAAAUAAAGAGCAUUCCUAAACAAGUCAUAGAACUGGAAGCUUUGCAGGAACUCAAUGUUGCUUUCAAUUCUUUAACGGACCUUCCUGGAUGUGGCAGCUUUAGCAGGCUUUCUGUGUUGAUCAUUGAUCACAAUUCAGUUUCCCACCCAUCAGCUGAUUUCUUCCAGAGCUGCCAGAAGAUGAGGUCAGUAAAUGCAGGGAACAAUCCAUUCCAUUGUACCUGUGAUCUAAGAGAAUUUGUCAAAAAUAUAGGCCAAGUAUCAAGUGAAGUAGUAGAGGGCUGGCCCGAUUCUUAUAAGUGUGACUACCCAGAUAGUUAUAGAGGAACCCCACUGAAGGACUUUCACAUGUCUGACUUAUCCUGCAACAUAACUCUGCUGAUUGUCACCAUCGGGGCCACCAUGCUGGUGUUGGCUGUGACUGUGACCUCCCUCUGCAUCUACUUGGAUCUGCCCUGGUAUCUCAGGAUGGUGUGCCAGUGGACCCAGACCCGACGCAGGGCCAGGAAUGUACCCUUAGAAGAACUCCAAAGAAAUCUCCAGUUUCAUGCUUUUAUUUCAUAUAGUGAACAUGAUUCUGCCUGGGUGAAAAAUGAAUUGGUACCUUACCUAGAGAAAGAAGGUAUACAGAUUUGUCUCCAUGAGAGAAACUUUGUUCCUGGCAAGAGCAUUGUGGAAAAUAUCAUCAACUGCAUUGAGAAGAGUUACAAGUCCAUCUUUGUCUUGUCUCCCAACUUUGUCCAGAGUGAGUGGUGCCAUUAUGAACUCUACUUUGCCCACCACAAUCUCUUCCAUGAAGGAUCUAAUAACUUAAUCCUCAUCUUGCUGGAACCCAUUCCACCGAACAGCAUUCCCAACAAGUACCACAAGCUGAGGGCUCUCAUGACACAGCGGACUUAUUUGGAAUGGCCCAAGGAGAAAAGCAAACAUGGGCUUUUUUUGGCUAACAUUAGAGCUGCUUUUCAUAUAAAAUUAACACUAGUCGCUGAAAACAAUGAUGUGAAAUCUUAAAAAAAGUGAAGGAAAUCCAAUUUAAGAAACCAUUAUUUACUUGAAUUAUGUGAACAGUACAGUUCUAAGUAACUGUCUGGAGAUGUCUCCAUUAUUAUCCUCAUGCCUUCAGGAAAGACUUAACAAAAAAACAACGUUUCAUCUGGGGAAUUAAGCUAGAGGGUGAGGUGGUACUCAACUUGCCAGUGACAGACAGCCCAGUCUCUUUUGGUUUAAUCAUUAUGUUUCAAAUUGAAACAGUCUCUUUUGAGUAAAUGUUCAGUUUUUCAGUUCCUUUUCCAAAUGGAUUCUGUGUGAGCAACAGUUUAUAUGGCUUCAUGGCUGCAAGAAGACAGUCAACUUCAGCAUCAUAUGCUCUGGCCCUUAGAGUGCCCUGGGAAUUCUAUUGGUCUCUGGGUCAGCGUUGUUAUUUUCUUUAACUUUGGGGCUUGGGGAAAAAAUGAGAUCAGCUAUGACAUGUAAAAAAAGUCUUCAGUUUCACAUAUGUGUAAUAGCUUAUUUAAUCUUUUAUCCUGCUACACAAAUAUAUAAUUAACCAAUGAGGUCUCAUGAUGUAAUAGUGUAGGUAUGUAAAGGAAAAUAUGGACUUGGUCAUAAGCUGUUGAGGGGAAAGACGUGGAUUUAGAUACUUUCCAAGAAAACUCAGGGCCAAAUUUAUUUGUAACUAGAUAUUGAGUGGGACUUUUCUGGUUGUCUCAGAAUUCUGGCUAAAGCCCCAAAGCUGACAAAAGACUGUAAAUGCACCCACAUGAUACUAGACACAGCCAGCCUAGACUUAUAAAAAGAUCAGAAAGAGACCAGUGACUCCCAGUCCAUACUAUCCAUCUCUAGAAGACUAGAGUCAAAAGAGUGAUUAAAGAGUCAUUAAGUGGAGGUUCCAGAUUAAGAGGGAGAUUGCUUUGAAUUUCUUGCAAAGACAAGUGUGAGGGGCUCUAAGCAUGGUAGAAGGUAGCCUGCAAUCCCACUCCAAGACUGAAAGCUUGCAGAUUAACAGGAGCACGCAGGUUCAGUGCAGCAGAUUGGGUGUGGCUUGAGAGCUCUUGGAAGAGCUUGAUGAAUGCUGGCGUUUGGGAUGAAGGUGGGCACUGGCAACACAAAAGCUGGUAAACAGUGCUUGGCAAAAACAAAAUUCGAUAAAUAUUUGUUGAAUGAAUAUGAGUGCUUCCCACCUGGGAAAUUCUGAAGGCGAAAGUUUGGCUUGGGCAACCCAAAAUGGCAGGACGAGAGAAGAGAAGCAGUGAUAGCAACCUGCCCUUCCAUUAUUGGCAUGGUAAGAGUAUGUGAAUUUCUUCAUAUGGCUUUGACUAUGGAAGAGUAGCUGGGCUUGCACUGUCAUGAUGAGAUGUCAGCCAAUAGCGCAGACUGUUGUGCAAAAAGACUAUAGCAGUAAGAGGACAUGGGGUUGGGCAGAAGAGGGGUUCAGGGUGGAGGUUGCUGCAAGAAGUCAGCUAGAUAAUGUGCCACUGCAUCAUGGAACUGUGCAAUGUGGGGUACACUCAAGGCCUCCCAAUAACUCACAGAUGCGCCCUGUGAAAAAGCCAGCAUAUGGACUCUGCCAUGUUAGCAGGCAGGAACAUGUUAGCCUGUCUGCCUUAUUCAAUAGUUAACUAUGGGAAGAUCCACUCCUCUUUGUAUAAUAACCUCUUCCCUUCCAAUGACACGGGAACCUAGACUAUAGAGAAGACAGGGACAGUGGAGAAAGAAUAAAGAAACUGAUUACAUUCUUUCUUCAUUUCACUGUAAGAAAGGCCAAGCCGACUUUUGAAUGAGGUGUGACACUGACGUUACAUUGAACUGGACUGGACAUUUUAAUCUCUUAAAUAGAGGUGCAAUGAGUAAAAUGAGCUUUGUCACUAAAAUUUAUGGUAUCUGCCCAAGACUCAGGAGUGAUGAUGGAAGGAGAUCCAACAGAACUUUGUUGUAAUGCAUUGGUUAAAGAAGAAUGAAGCCCUUGCUUUCUGGACUUAGCUCAUUCCAUAAACUGGUUUUGGCCAGGCACAGUGGAUCCCACCUCUAAUCCCAGCACUGUGGGAGACUGAGCCAGGUGGAUCACUUGAGGUCAGGAGUUUGAGACCAGCCCAGCCAACAUGGUGAAACUCCAUCUCUACUAAAAAUACAAAAAUUAGCUGGGUGUGAUGGUAGGCACCUGUAGUCCCAGCUACUCAGGAGGCUGAGGCAGGAGAACCGCAUGAACCUGGGAGACGUAGGUUGUAGUUAGCUGAGAUAGUGCCAGUGCAUUCCAGCUUGGGCAACAGAGCAAGACUCCAUCUCAAAAAAAUUAAAAGAAAGAAAGAAAUAAACUGGCUUCAUAAAACCUGUAACAAAAUAAGCCUUAAUGAUAUUUUAUUAGUGUCAUCUUCUGUCUGUGUCAGCUCUUCCUUGCUCCUCAGGAGAACACUCAUUUUCCUCCCUAGGCUCUAUCCCAAAACGGUAUAUUCUUCCACAACCUCUGUUGAACAGAUUUGAUGAACACUUGCCUAAUCUAAAAACAAUAAAAACAACAAGCAACAACAAAAACUGCCACAGAUUCUAAAUGAUCAAAUCUUUUUAAAUGGUCUCAAUGUUUCCUACAAGAUAUUGUUGAUAUUGAAAAUAUAGAAUUUUAGCAUUAACAUUUUUUUUUAAAAACCUACAUCCCCUCGGUGGAGGUGCCUCCCUGCAGUUGAAAGUAGAGUCUCCACAGCCGCUCUCCAUCACAUUCCUCCACAUUCUUCCCAUUUCUUUUCUUCACAGCACACAUCACUGUAUGAAAUUGUCUUGCUUGCUUAGUUGUUUACUUGUUUUCUCUUUCUCUCCACUAAAGUAUAAGCUCCAAGAGAACGGGAGCGUUCUCCACCUGUGCCCUGCCUCUCCCCAGUGCCAAGGGGACCCUGCGCCCGCAUUGUAGAUGCACAAUAAAAACUCGUGGGAUGAGCAAAUGGCUCUGAAAUGGUCCCAUGCAGGACAUGUCUGUGAAGUCCUGGAUUUUAUCUAAAAAGCCCAGGCAGGCAGGGGCGGGGUUCCACAGGGCCACAGUUCCACCCUGAUCUGCCCCCUGGGCGGUGCCUAACCUUGGCAGUGGACGUCUUCGCCUUGCACACUGCUCCUCCCCAUCCACCACUGGAGGACUGCUGGGAAAAACUGCAAAGGAGAAAGGACUUACAGGGUGCCUAUGUAAAUUGGUUAUGAGUAACACACAAACAAGGAACAACAAACUGUAGAAGGCCGCAGGAGGCCUCUGAGGAGGAAGUCCUCUCCAUGCCUCAUGUUCCGAUGCAGGGUGUCCUUGGCUCUGUUGCCAUAAGUAAUUGUGCUCAAGGACAUAAAACCCCUUUGUAGCACUAUGAGGUAGCCAGGCUUGUAGGCUCCUUGUAAGGCCAGUGUUCCAUCAGCUGUGCCUAGAUAAUAAGCUAAAGAUAACCACAUGUUCUUGUUUUAUGAAACUCCCAAACUGCCAAUGUUAUCAAUUCUUAGAAUGACACACCAGUUCCAGCCACGAAUUCACUUUCUGCUCACUGAUUCAUUCCACCAUCAGUCCGCCCCUACCCUAUAGAUCAAAGUGAUUGUAAUCGAUAAACAAUGUGGAUGAUCAGAGCUCAGGGCCUUCAUUGUUUCCUCCAGAGUAAUAAAGUGAUGGCCCCCUGGUCCCACCUUUUCUCUUAAUCUGUCUUUCUCUCAUUCCUUUGUUACCACUGAAUUUGGGGUACCCAUGGGUGAUGUAGGGCUCAUGGAUUCUCUACAUAGCUGGGGCGACUCAGCUCCAGGUUUAGCAGGACAUUGUGAGAAGGGAAAGGCUUUCUUUUGGAGGUUUGGUGAGCCCUUCUCUGUGCAUCACUUGCCCGCCCCACAGUGGCCCUGCAGCUCAUCCCAUGGGUCCCAUUGCCUGGUAGGACGUGUGCUUUUGUUUUGAGGGUUAUGCAUCUUCUGUGUCGUCCUUUUCUGGGAGGUUGAAAAAUGGGUCCAGAAAGACAAAAAAGAAAGAAACAAACAAUAAAACCCCAAAAAUCCAUACAAAUAAAGUAUCUUUUCCAUCCGUGUUUGAGCUAUUCCUUCUCAUGCCCCCAUCCAAUGCCAUAAUUUGGUAAGUUUGCCUCAACACGUUUUCAUUUCUUAACACUGUGGUGAGAAUAACCAAUAGAUCCUGUAGUAAGAUGUCAGGUUAAAAGGAAUGGAGCACCGCAAAGAUGACUAAGUUCUGAGAUGUGUGUUGUUAGGUGAUUUAGCCUUUGGUUGAACAUCAUAGAGUGCACUCACACAGACAUAGAUGACAUAGCUUACUACACACCUAGGUUUAUGCUAUAGCCUGUUGCUUCUAGGUGAUUGUAACACAAUGCUAAGUAUUUGUGUAUCCAAACGUAUCUAAACAUAUCAAGGAUACAGUAAAAAUAUAGUAAAAAAUAUAAAAAAAUGGUAUACCUGUAUGGGGGCACUGAUGUGGUUUGGCUGUGUCCCCACCUAAAUCACAUCUUAAAUUCCCAUGUGUUGUGGGAGGUGUAAGAUUUAUUGCUGAAGUAAAAUGAGGAAACUGAGGCGAGUAUAAAAAAGUGAGAAGCCAAUUUAUUCAGCUCCCGGGCAAGCUUCAGUGGCCCAAGUGGGGUCAGAGAAGUCACACCUGGUUGUUCAGGGCAUGGUGUUUUAUGGGGAGUGCAGGCAAUUGAUUGGUUACUGGGGAAACAAAGAGAAGGCAUUUCUAUUGGCUGUUGAGGAGCAGGAAGUACAUGGAGUUAAAGUAGGAAGUACAUGGAGUUAAAGUAGGAAGUACAUGAAACUAGCUGCCAUUGGUAGGCGGGACCUUGGAUAAGCGGGCCUUGAUUGACUACUGGGGAAACAAAGAGAAGGCAUUUCUAUUGGCUGUUGAGGAGCAGGAAGUACAUGGAGUUAAAGUAGGAAGUACAUGAAACUAGCUGCCAUUGGUAGGCGGGCAGGACCUUGGGUAUGCAGGCCUGCAGGGGGCAUAUGGGGUAGGCUGUUGCUGGGCAGGGAAUGGUGGGGCUUCUUUAAAAAAAAUUUCUCAGGGCUGGGCGCGGUGGCUCACACCUGUAAUCCCAGCACUUUGGGAGGCCGAGGCGGGUGGAUCACGAGGUCAAGAGAUCGAGACCAUACUGGUCAGCAUGGUGAAACCCCGUCUCUACUAAAAAUACAAAAACUUAGCUGGGCACUGUGGUGCGUGCCUGUAAUCCCAGCUACUCAGGAGGCUGAGGUAGGAGAGUUGCCUGAACCCAGGAGGCGGAGGUUGCGGUGAGCCGAGAUCGCGCCAUUGCACUCCAACCUGGGUAAACAAGAGCGAAACUCCGUCUCAAAAAAAAAAAAAAAAAUUUCUCUGGAGGGUUUUUUUAACAGCAGGCUGGAGGUUGGAUGCAUAAUUUAGUGCUGAAUGUGGGCUUGGGCAUGGUAUGCAGAGGUGGGUGUGGGGAAGCCUUGUGGGGAAGCCAGAUAAUGAGCUUGGGUGAUGACGCAGUUAUCAGGCACGGAGAGUGAUGAAUGUAUCCAUUUGACUUCCGGCAAGGCAACCGGCCUUACAGGAGGGACCAAGUGGGAGGUGAUUGAAUCAUGGGGGUGGAUCUUUCCCAUGCUCUUCUGAUAGUGAAUAGGUCUCAUGAGAUCUAAUGGUUUUGUAAGGGGGAGUUUCCAUGCACAAGUUCUCUCUCUUCCCUGCCACCAUGUAAGAUGUGACUUGCUCCUCCUUGCCUUCUGCCAUGAUUGUGAGACUUCCCCAGCAGUGUGAAAACGGAUUACUACAGGCACUUACCAUGAAAUGGAGCUUGCAAGACUGGAAGUUGCUCUGGGAACGGUGGAGGACACUGUUGAACCCAGUCCUCUGAGGUUGUCAUGACCGUCUCUGAUGUCCUGGAGACCCAGUUGAGUGUGGCAGCAGAAAAGAAAUACUAUCCCGGAAAGAGUGAAGACUCUGAAAGAAGCUGGUUGGAAAGUCAGAGAGACAGAGUCUCCCUAUGUUGCAUAUGCUCAUCUUGAACUCCUGGCCUCAAGUGAUCCUCCAGCCUCAGCCUCCCAAAGUGCUGAGAUUACAGGGGUCCCCUAGCUGUGCUGACAGGCAGGCCUGUGUCUGCAUACUCCGUUCAUCUGUUGUUCAGCAAGAGUCUUCAGGACAGAGUUGGCAGCUGGUGCCCCGUGCGAGGAACGCUGCAACAGAUUGUGACAGAACCCUCAAAAAUGAAGCUGAAGAGAGUAUGCAGUCAGUAAGUUAGUAAGUCUUUGGUGCCCACUCCAAAUUUGAGGGAAUUGUUCAAGCUAGGGUUACAUCAUGGGAAAACAGUUAUCAGCACGGGACAACAGUUAUCAGAUCAACAGAAACAGUAGAUAAAAGUAUUGAAACAGCUGCUUGAAGCUAGCAGAGCCUCAGUUUCACAGACUCAAUUAAAGGACCUAAUGCAAACUGUUGUCUCCCAUAACCCAUGGUUCCCAGAAGAAGGCGUGCUAGAUGUAGAGCUCUGGGAAUGAGUGGGGAGGAAUCUUAAAUGCAAUCAUGCACAAGGCAAUGGGUCCCAGUAACAUCUCUAACAUUAUAGGCCUUAGUCAUGGCUGCUUUGGUUCCACUCUACACAGAAGAGCCCAAAAAGGGAAAGGAAGACAAACCAUCACCUACCUUACUACCUCGUCUUCCUCCCUUAGCCCCACCAUUACUGAGUAAAAGUUCCACAGAAGAAACAGAGGUUGUCCCUAAGCCCCCUCCCACAACAAAUUGGAACAAUAACAAGGGAGACACUACAGCUAUGGGACCCUGUCUUAGGCAAAAGGCAUUAGAAGGGGAGCUCUUGACCUGCCCAGUAAUGCAAAAUCAACAAGGCAAUCAGGUGUAUGAACACGUUUCUUUUGAUGCUAAUAAAGAGAUAAGAAAAAGCAUUAGAGAAAAUGGAGCUACUAGCCCACUUAUGAAAGGAUCAAUUGAGGCCAUAGCAGACAACUUCCGUAUGAGCCCAUGGGACUGGUUGGUGCUAAAACAACUCUAGAUGCCAGUCCGUACCUCCUCUGGAGGGCAGAAUUUGCUGAAUUAUGUGAACAGCAAACCCUUUUCUAAUAAUGACCGCUAUUAUUCCUCUCCUACUCCUGACUCUCUCAAAAUCCUAUUUGGGUAGAACAGUGACCUUUAAAGGAAGAGAAAUUACUAACAUGAAUUAGUUGAGGAGCAAUUAAAAGCUGGCCAUACAGAACCAUCUAAGAGUCCUUGGAAUUUGCCCAUUUUCAUUGCUCCCAAAAAGUAUGGCAAAUGGAGACUUUUGCUUAACUUACAGGCUGCUAGUGCUAAUAUGCAACCUAUGGGGUCCCUUCAACUGGGGCUCCCUUACCCCAGGGCAAUUCCUCAAAACUGGCCUAUAGUUAUUAUUUACUGAAAAGACUGCUUUUAUACUAUUCCCCUUGCAGAACAGGACAGAUAAAAAUCUGUGUUUAUAAUACCAUCUAUCAAAAAUGAAAGGCCAGCUCGCGAUUACAUUAGAAAGUGCUUCCUCAAGGAAUACUGACCUGUCCUACUAGGUGUCAGUAUCAUGUAAAUCAGGCUUUGCUCCCCAGUAGAAAAGAAUUUCCUAACUGCAAUAUCAUUCAUUUUAUGAAUGAUAUUCUAUUAGCAGCCCCAAUGGAGCCAGUAUUUUUAAGUUUAGACGUCUCUGUCCAAAGAAAUACAUAGUUAAGAGGUUCAAUCAUAGCACCUGAAAAAGUACAAAUGUCCUCUCCUUGCAAAUAUCUUGGAUUCAUACUAACUUCCUGGUCAGUAAGACCCCAGAGGAUUAAGUUAAAUUCUAGAAACUUACAUACUUUAAAUUAUUAUCAAAAAUUACAGGGUAGGCCAGGAAUGGUGGCUCGUGCCUGUAGUCCCAGCACUUUGGGAGGCUGAGGUGGGUGGAUCACCUGAAGUCAGGAGUUUGAUACCAGCCUGGCCAACAUGGAGAAACCCUGUCUCUACUAAAAAAUACAAAAUUAGGCCAGGCGUGGUGGCUCACGCCUAUAAUCCCAGCACUUUGGGAGGCCAAGGUGGGCGGAUCACAAAGUCAAGAGAUCGAGACCAUCCUGGCCAACACGGUGAAACCCUGUCUCUACUAAAAAUACAAAAAUUAGCUGGGCAUGGUGGCACGUGCUUCUGGUCCCACCUACUCAGGAGGCUGAGGUGGAAGAAUCGCUUGAACCCAGGAGGUGAAGGUUGAAGUGAGCCGAGAUUGUGCCACUGCACUCCAGCCUGGCAACAGAGCAAGACUCUGUCUCAAAAAAAAACAAAAAACAAAAUUAGCUGGGUGUUGUUUCAGGCUCAUGUAAUCUCAGCUUCUUGGGAGGCUGAGGCAGGAGAAUUGCUUGAACCUGGGAGGCAGAGUUUGUGGCGAGCCGAGAUUGUGUCACUGCACUCCAGCUCGGUCAACAAGAGUGAAACUCUGUCUUAAAAAAAAUUACUGGGUGAUAUGAACUGGCUUCACCGGAUCUUUGGCAUAACUACUGAACAGUUGCAAAACCUGUUUUCUAUCCUGAAGGGCAAUACAGCCCUAGGUUCUGCCAGAUAUUUAACCCCUGCAGCACAAAAGGAAAUUGAGGAAACAGAACAAGCUAUUUCUCUAGGCAACUAGAUCACAGAGACCCAAAAUAUUCAGUUCAAUUGUUUGUUUUUCCUACUGAACAUUCCCCAACAGGAUUACUAGGACAGAUGACCCCAGGGCUAUGCUUCCUAGAAUGGGUCUUUUGCUCACAUACUGGAACUAAAACACUAUCUCCCUAUAUCCAGCUAGUUAGUAAAGUCAUCUCUAUGGGCCACAGAUGAUGCAAUCUGUUGCUAGGUUAUGACCCUGUUGUCAUAAGAAUUCCUCACUAGAUCUUUAGAUAGCUCUCUGAUUAUGCAGGCUGUAUAGAGCAUGCCCUUCCUGCUGACAAACUGCUUCAGUUCUUAUCUCCUGUAGUCAUGCCUACAAAAGUAGUUCACUCCCCCAUACCUAACACGCUAAUGCCUUUUAAUGACUCUGCUUACUCUAUUCAUUUAUCGCAGUACCUUAAAACAGCCCUCAUUAAGUCCACUCUCAAGCCCACCCCACCCUUAAAAAUAUGCUCAGAAAACAAAAGAAGGGGAAUAUGAGUAAGGACCCUGCAACCCUACUAUCACAAGCCUUAUUUACCUUGAAUUUCUGAAAUUUAAAUAAUAAAUUUCAAUCAGCUGUAGAAAAGCGCUUUGCUAACAAGACAUAAAACCUGCAGUUUUAUGCAAAGAUGCGAAUAGUAAUGUAUGGUGCGGUCCAAACGAUGUGCUAAUAUGGAGAAGAGGAUAUGAUUGUGCUCACGCCUCCUCUUUAGAUUCCAGCAUGACACAUCAAACCUUACUAUGGUUUGAUGUAAACCCAACCCAGUACCAGAAAUGAAGGAAAUGACGCUGCAGGACCCGCAGCCCCAGACAAUGUGGCUCCCUUGGAUGACACAAGUCCCAGACAUCACCUGGGGAAUGCUGAAGAAGACGGCUCAGAAGACCGAGCAAAUCCUGCUCCAAACACAAACACCAUUCACUCCAGAUAAUUUGUCCCUUCUUUAUUCUCUCACUUUGCCUGCUACCUGUACCUGCCACACUCUAGAAAGACCGUCUUCUAUAUCUGCCUUUUUUCUGACUGUUAUUUAGGCAGACACUCCCUUCCCAGCCUCUAAUAAAUUCGACUUCUUGGCUAGAAAGGAUUAACAUUCCCCCAGUGGGGUUGCUUCAUUAAUGGCACACAGUGGACUGAGGUGCCAAGUAACACUACAGGUCACUCCUUGAUUGGAAAAAAAAUGUUACUGAUCAUACUCAUGUUUGUCUCAUUAUUUACUAAUUCUAGGAUGCAAAGCCAGAACGCUACUUAUAACCACUGUGCCUGACAAACCUGUUGCUGCACACAUCUGUGCUCCUCAAUCAACAAUACCUGAUGCAAAACACAGGAAAGGGGGAGAUGUAGAAGACCGGUUAGGGUGGUGGGAAAAAUUAUAAGAAAGACACAAAUGUUCUUGGAAGGCCAGGAGGUUUGCAAAAGCUUUGGGAAAGAAUGAGCUGAAGGCGGCUGUUCUUACCCUGGGGCAAAAGGCAGUUAACAAGGGAAUGUAGAGGAGUUGAUCUAAAUAGCUUGUUACUUAUGUUGUCCUAAAACCAACCUGUGAUCAUUCACAGGCAGGACUGCUUUCUAUUUAGGGGGUUGACAAUGUUUAUUACCCACAAACUGUGCUUGCUCUAGGCCCGUGUCAUCAAAUCUACUAAAUAAAAGAGAGCGUCGCUGGCUUAUCAAGGCUGCCGCUCACUCUGGCAGGGGUUCCCUAGCUUCACUGACAGCAAGCUUGUGUCUGUGUACUCUGUUUUUCUGUCACUCGGCCAGAGUCUGCGGGACAGACUCAGCAAUGACCCUUUCAUGGAACAGUUAGUCGCCUGGCCAGCCAGGAGGAGCCAGGAAACCAAUGUAUGGGUGAGAAGAAGGAAGUAUCCUCGGGGAGAUGUCAGGGCUCUUCUCAUCUAUGUAGUGUGACAUUGCCUGUUUGCUAGAUGCCUGUGGACUGCCAGGUGAGUACUGGGGUGCCCUGAAAAUGCCAGAGGGUCUCAAAGGCUUGUUAAUCCAAAACUCUAUGACCCACUGUGGUAAGAAGGGUCACUGAGUGGUGACAACAUGAGCUUGCCACUGUUAUGGGCUGUGUGAGUUGGCCACAGACCACAGGUCGUGGUUGAGGUGAUGUUAUAAAAGCCAGAGGAAGAGUGACAGGAAAGCAUAUGAGAACUUCCACAUUUGUGUUGGCAUCCAGCUUGGUGGAUGAGCUUGAUGAGAUGGAAACUCUAAGAAUAAGAGCUUAAGGACUAAGGGAAACCCUAGCCUGCCACUUUAUCUGGCUGAUAGGGAGGAAGUUGUGCUGGCUGAAAGUGUGAGCUGUCCUUGCCAAACUGGACUGGGAUGCUAAUCUUUGGCAACCAACUAGUGAGUCAGAUAAAGAUGUAGAGGUUAUUUUGGAGGACAAGGAUAGCUAUUCUUCCCUUCUGAGAGCAAGACCACUCAUGCAGAAGAACGCAAAAGCCCAACACAUGCAGCCAGGCAAUAACUGACAGCCUUCCCAGGCAACCUUAACUGUCCAUGAGUACACCUUGGCAGAAUUAGUGGGCAGAGCAAACACUUUUAAAUAGCUGCAAAGAGAAAGCUUAGCCUCAUGGAUGAUGCAGCUAUGGGACACUUGUGGGGAUAAUAUUUCCUUAGCGCGGAGUGAAGCUGGAAAAAUGAGUAACAUUACCCACUCAUCCUGCUUGGAGACAGUAUUUGCACAAUACUAAAACCGUGGAGGACAAUCAUAGUCUUAUGGACUGGAUUAUCCUGCCUGUGAAAGAGGCCUGGCCAGAUGAAGGAGAUUUCCCAGGUCGGACCCUGGCAUGGCGCUCUCUGGAGGAAGCACAGAGCAAUUUAAGGGAGUUGAUGAGCAUACAUCAGGUAGUUUAUACCCAACAGUCUGCAAAACUUGAUAAAGCUAUGUUUACCUCGGGCAUGAAAAUUAAGUUGCUGAAAGCUGGCCUGUGGGAGUGGAACGGUCCUCUCAGGUCCCUGUCGAUCCCCCUUGUGGUAAGAGAUGUAUAUGAUAAUGGGAGAAGCCACAGGUGAGUUUGGAAAAACUGGAAAGAUUAGAGAUAAAGCCUGACUUGUUACUAAAGGAAAAGGGGAAAAGGGAGAAGCCAAUUCUGCUGAACUAAAACAGGGAGGCCUAAAAGGCCCAGUUAGAAUGACCAGGAAACAAACUGGUAUGAUCUGAUCUCAGCUGGAGUAGGCAAAGAAAAAAUAGAUCAGCAACCCAGUGCCAGAUGAGUGGGCCUUUGAAAGACCUGAAUUUUGAUCAACAGCUUAGACCCUUCCUACUGUCCUACCAGAAGAAGGAGAAGGAAAAGGCCUCUGUAAAAGAACUCCAGUCUCUGUGUUCCAAGGUGGACUUUUCCCCAGCCUAGUGACUAGGGGUGGGGCCAAGGUUGCCUCCAUGCAAGAGCAGUGGGGGCGACCAAGCCACCAUGGGGAUGGAGCUUACUACAAUCUGUUGGAGUCCAGAAACAAGCAGAGGACCUUAGCUUUAUGGACACAGUUGCAGAAAAUGCACCAUAAUUUUGAAGACUUAGAAUGAAAACAAAUGAAAUAUCUCAUUAAUAAAGUUUUAUAUUCAUUGCAUAUGAAAUAAUAUUUUGGAUAUAUUAGGUUAAAUAAAAUAUUUUAAAAAUUUUUAAAAGGAAGCUGUAUUCUCUGAGAAUGGCAGUUUUCCCUGGGAGACGCAGCUGUGUCGAGGCGUGGGUGUGCAUGAUUACAAGUGCACGUUUGUUCAAUGGUGAUCCGCUGGAUAACAGGGGGAGAAAGAGGCAGGUGGAUGCUUCUGAAUUAUACAUUUUAAUUAAUUAAUUAAUUUUUUGAGAUGGAGUCUUGCUCUGUCACCCAGGCUGGAGUGCAGUGGCGUGAUCUCGGCUCAUUGCAACCUCUGCCUCUUGGGUUCAAGCGAUUCUCCUGCCUCAGCCUCCUGAGUAGCUGGGAUUACAGGUGCCUGCCACCACACCUGGCUAAUUUUUGUGUUUUUUAGUAGAGACAGGGUUUCACCAUGUUGGCCAGGCUGGUCUCGAACUCCUGACCUCAAGUGUUUCACCUGCCUCAGCCUCCCAAACUACUGGGAUCAUAGGCAUGAACCACCAUGUCCAGGCCUGAAUUAUACAUUUUGAAUGGAUGAAAUUUGUUUUUUGUUACCCAGGCUGGAGUGCAAUGGCGCGAUCUCGGCUCACCGCAACCUCCACCUCCUGGGUUCAGGAAAUUCUCCUGCCUCAGCCUUCUGGGUUGGGAUUACAGGCAUGCGCCAUCAUGCCCAGCUGAUUUUUUUGUAUCUUUGCUAGAAACGGGGUUUCACCAUUUUGACCAGGAUGGUCUUGAUCUCUUGACCUCCUGAUCCACCCUCCUCGACCUCCCAAAGUGCUGGGAUUACAGGCUUAAGCCACCGCGCCCGGCCCAAUGGGGGAAAUUUUUUAUGGCUCGUGAAUUAUAUCUCAAUAAAGUUUUGUUAAAAGAAAACACAACUGGGAGGCCGAGGCGGGUGGAUCACUAGGUCAACAGAUCGAGACCAUCCUGGUCAACAUGGUGAAACCCUGUCUCUACUAAAAAUUACAAAAAAUUAGCUGGGCACGGUGGCGCGUGCCUGUAAUCCCAGCUACUCAAGAGGCUGAGGCAGGAGAACUGCCUGAACCCAGGGGGUGGAGGUUGCAGUGAGCCGAGAUUGCGCCAUUGCACUCCAGCCUGGGUAACAAGAGCGAAACUCUGUCUCAAAAAAAAAAAAAAAAAAAACACAACUAACUGCAGAUCACAUCUCACUGACAGCAUAUUUUUACUGCCCUGGAUCCAAAAAGAAAUGCCCAGGUAUGGGCUUGUGAGGGCAGAGACACACACACCUGUAAUCAUGUACACAGCUGCGAGUGGUGAUGAGUCAGUGGGGAAAUUUCGACAGAAUUCAGAGUGCUGAGGCAGUUCCCUUACUGCCCUGCCGACUUCUCUCCCCUGGGCGUUGCUCCCUCAGUCUCGAUUCACAAAGUCAAUGCCUUUGGGAGCCAGGAACUAAAUUCUUAGUCAAAGACACCUCCCUCCUGUCCAGUUAUGCGUCUCAGGGAGGAAAUGGCAGGGUCUUCAUGAACACUAGUAGGGGUGCCAGGCCCUCUUCCAUGUUAGAAGAAAUCAGGAUAACAAAGGCAUAUCGGCCUCCUCUGCAAAAGAAAUCAGGAUAACAAAGGCAUAUCAGGUGCCUCUACAAAAGGGUAAAAAGCUCCUUGGGAAUUUGGACUUUAUCUUGUUUGCUGGUCUAUCUCCAGUUCCUGAAACAUGGCCAGGAGGUGAUCAAUAAAUAUUGGUUGAAUAAAUAAAUGGAUGAAUAAAUGGAUCUUCUGAGA